GCUCCCCGUCUGUUUUAUUCUCAGUGUGUGCGGCUUCACUGAGAGAGCGGUGCAAUGAUAAAAGCCGCAUAUGCGGUAGGCUAUACACCUAUCAGUCAGGAAAAUACCCACGAAACAGCCUCAUCCCGGUUCACCUCGCACCACAGCCUUAUUCCCGACUCAGAGCGGAACCUGAAGUGCCAGUAUUACCAUGUCCAGGCCAACGGGGGGUGGUGCCAAUGAUGUCACCCGCUUCCUGUCAUCAGGGGCGCCAGGGUCUCCCACCUCCAACUCUAUGUUCUCCGCUGCCAGCCAGGCCGACUGGGCAGCCAAAAGGCUGGUGUGGGUGCCAUCGGAGAAGCAUGGCUUUGAGUCGGCCAGUAUUCGGGAGGAGCGUGGAGACGAGGUGGAGGUUGAGCUUACAGACAGCCAGCGGAAGUUGACUCUGUCCAGGGAGGAAGUGCAACGGAUGAACCCUCCUCGCUUCAGUAAAGUGGAGGACAUGGCCGACCUCACCUGCCUCAACGAAGCCUCUGUGUUGCACAACCUGAGAGAGAGAUACUACUCUGGUUUGAUCUAUACAUAUUCAGGAUUGUUUUGCGUGGUGGUGAACCCUUACAAGAACCUGCCCAUCUACACAGAGUCCAUCGUGGAGAUGUACCGGGGAAAAAAACGCCACGAGAUGCCCCCGCACAUCUACGCCAUAUCAGAGGCUGCCUAUCGCAGCAUGCUACAAGACAGAGAAGAUCAGUCAAUCCUCUGCACAGGCGAGUCUGGAGCCGGGAAAACAGAGAACACUAAGAAAGUCAUCCAGUAUUUGGCUCAUGUUGCCUCCUCCCAUAAGAGUGGCACUCUGGGUAGGAACAAGGAAGCUCUGCAGAUGGAUGGCUCUAGGUCCUUAACAAGAGGAAUAACUAUGGUGAACAGGAGUAUACAAUAUGGCGAGCUGGAGAAACAGCUGCUGCAGGCCAACCCCAUACUGGAGGCCUUUGGCAAUGCAAAGACUGUCAAGAAUGACAACUCUUCUAGAUUUGGUAAAUUCAUCCGCAUUAAUUUUGAUGUGGCAGGUUACAUUGUCGGUGCUAACAUUGAGACCUACCUUCUUGAAAAGUCUCGGGCCACUCGUCAGGCCAAAGAUGAGAGGACGUUCCACAUCUUUUACCAGUUGUUGUGUGGAGCUUCAGAGGAAACAAGAGCGGACCUGCUCUUAGGAACUGCUGACGAUUACCGCUUUCUCAGUGGAGGCUCCAUCCCUGUUCCUGGUCAGAGCGAUUCAGAGAACUUCACCCAAACCAUGGACUCUAUGGCCAUAAUGGGCUUCACCCCAGAAGAGUUGAUAUCCAUGCUGAAGGUGAUCUCCUCUGUGCUCCAGUUUGGGAACAUUUCCUUCAUGAAAGAGAAGAACCAGGACCAAGCCUCCAUGCCUGAUAACACAGCUGCUCAGAAACUGUGCCAUCUGCUGGGCAUCAACGUGCUAGAGUUCACUCGGGCCAUCCUCACUCCCAGGAUCAAAGUGGGUCGAGAGUAUGUGCAGAAGGCCCAGACUAAAGAACAGGCUGACUUUGCUGUGGAGGCCUUGGCAAAGGCCACAUAUGAGCGUCUGUUCAGAUGGUUGGUGCAUCGGAUCAACAGAGCUCUGGACCGCAGACAGAGACAGGGAGCCUCCUUCAUAGGGAUCCUUGAUAUUGCUGGAUUUGAGAUCUUCCAGCUAAACUCCUUUGAGCAGCUGUGCAUCAACUACACCAACGAGAAGCUGCAGCAGCUCUUCAACCACACCAUGUUCAUCCUGGAGCAGGAGGAGUACCAGCGGGAGGGCAUCGAGUGGAACUUCAUCGACUUUGGCCUGGACUUACAGCCCUGCAUCGACCUCAUUGAGAGACCGGCCCACCCACCUGGUGUUUUGGCCCUUCUGGAUGAAGAGUGCUGGUUUCCUCGGGCGACAGACCGCUCAUUUGUGGAGAAGCUGUCUGCUGAGCAAGGCAGCCAUCCAAAAUUCUUCAAGUCAAAGCAGCCGCGUGGGGAAGCUGACUUCUCCAUCAUUCACUAUGCUGGAAAGGUGGACUAUAAGGCAGAUGAUUGGUUGGUGAAGAACAUGGAUCCUCUGAACGACAAUGUGGCAUCUCUUCUCCACCAGUCAUCAGAUCAUUUUGUCUCAGAGCUCUGGAAGGAGGAUAUUCAAACUCUUCCUCGUGUGUACUUCUUUGACUCCUAUGCCACACUACAGGCUAAUGGCUCCGACAUGGACAGGAUCGUGGGUCUGGACCAGGUGUCGUCAGGAGAGAACAGCGGGCCGGUCACAUUCGGAGCAGCAGGACUGAAGACAAAGAAGGGAAUGUUCAGAACUGUUGGUCAGCUUUAUAAAGAGUCUCUAACCAAGCUGAUGGCCACACUGAGGAACACCAACCCCAACUUCCUCCGCUGCAUCAUCCCCAACCACGAGAAGAGGGCCGGUAAGCUGUCUCCCCACUUGGUUUUGGAUCAGCUGAGGUGUAAUGGUGUUCUGGAGGGGAUCCGUAUCUGCAGACAAGGCUUCCCUAACCGCAUCCCAUUCCAGGAGUUCAGACAGAGAUAUGAGAUACUGACUCCCAAUGCUAUUCCUCGCACCUUCAUGGAUGGCAAACAGGCAUCAGAACUCAUGAUCAGUGCUUUGGAGCUCGAUCACAACCUGUUCAGGGUGGGUCAGAGUAAAGUCUUCUUCAGAGCUGGAGUCUUGGCUCACCUGGAAGAAGAGAGAGACCUAAAGAUCACUGACACCAUCAUACGCUUUCAGAGCGCUGCCAGAGGCUACCUAGCGCGCAAAGCCUUUUUGAAGAAGCAGCAGCAACUGAGCGCACUGAGGGUGAUGCAGCGGAACUGUGCUGCUUACCUCAAACUCAGGAACUGGCAGUGGUGGCGGCUGUUCACUAAGGUGAAACCCCUGCUGCAGGUGACCCGGCAGGAUGAGGAGAUCCAGGUCAGGGAAGCUGAACUUCAGAAGGCAAAGGAUAAGCUCACCCGAGUGGAGCAGGACUACACUGAGCUGGACAGGAAACACGCUCAGCUGAUGGAGGAAAAGUCAGUGCUGGCUGACCAGCUACAGGCAGAGGCGGAGCUGUUUGCUGAGGCAGAGGAGAUGAGAGCCAGGCUGGCCAGUCGGAAGCAGGAGCUGGAGGAAGUGCUGGGCGAGCUGGAGAGUCGAUUGGAGGAAGAGGAGGAGAGGGGCGUGCAUCUGACCAAUGAGAAGAAGAGGAUGCAGCAGAAUAUACAGGACCUGGAGGAGCAGUUAGAGGAGGAGGAAAGUGCCCGACAGCGCCUCCUGCUGGAGAAGGUUACCUUGGAGACCAAAGUGAAAAGUCUGGAAACCGACCUGCUGAAUGCAGUGGAGCAGAGAGACCGACUCAGCAAGGAGAAGAAACAGUUAGAGGAGCGCCUGAGCGAGGUCACCGACCAGCUCACCGAGGAAGAGGAGAAAACCAAAAGUCUGAACAAACUCAAGAACAAACAGGAGGCUGUCAUCGCUGACCUAGAGGAGCGCCUGAAGCGUGAAGAGCAGGGUCGCUUGGAGCAGGAGAAGUGGAAGAGGAGGAUGGAGAGCGAGUCGGUGGAAGCCCAGGAGCAGCUCUCAGACCUGGGCAUGCUGGCAGCCGAGCUGAGGGGCAGUCUGGCUCAGAAGGAAAAGGAAAUCACCACCUUACAGGGCCGUUUGGAGGAAGAGGGUGCUCGUCGUGCUGAAGCUCAGAGGGCACUGAGGGAGGCCAUGUCCCAGGUGUCUGAGCUAAAGGAGGAAGUGGAGAAUGAGCGAGGAAUGAGGGAAAGGGCAGAGAAGCAGAGGCGAGACCUGGGGGAGGAGUUGGAGGCUUUGAGAACCGAGCUGGAGGACACUUUGGACACCACAGCUGCCCAGCAGGAGCUAAGGUCUCGUCGGGAGGCAGAGUUAAGUGAGCUCCAGCGAUGUGUUGAAGAGGAGACUCGCCGCCAUGAGGCCCAGCUAUCAGAGCUCAGAGUCAAACACAGUGCCGCCAUAGACAGCCUCCAGGAACAGCUCGACAACAGCAAGAGAGUGCGUCAGUCCCUGGAGAAGGCCAAGGCAGUGCUGGAGGAGGAGAGGCAGAGUUUGACCUCUGAGCUCAAGAGUCUCCAAGCGAGCCGCACAGAGAGCGAGAGAGGUCGUAAGAGGGCUGACGGUCACCUGCAGGAGCUCAGUGCCCGCCUGGCUCAGGCUGACAGAGAGAGGGAGGACAGGGAGGAGCGAAUACACAAGCUACAGUGUGAGAUUGAGUCUCUCUCCAGCAAUCUGUCCUCCUCGGACACCAAAUCCCUUCGGCUCUCGAAAGAGGUCAGCAGUCUGGAGAGCCAGCUGCAUGAUGCAAAGGAAUUGCUGCAGGAUGAAACUCGUCAGAAGAUGGCUCUGGCCUCGAGGGUGCGAGCGCUGGAGGAGGAGAAGAACGGACUGAUGGAAAGACUCGAGGAGGAGGAGGAAAGAGCCAAAGAGUUGUCCCGGCAGAUACAGACUCACACCCAGCAGCUGGUGGAGGUUCGUAAGCAGUCGGAGGAGGUCAACACUGCAGUGGAAGCUGGAGAGGAGACACGCAGGAAACUUCAGAGAGAACUGGACAGCGCCAUCCAAAGGGAGCGCCAGAAGGAGGAGGAAAAGGAGAGAGUGGAGAGACAGAGGGAACGUCUGAGGGAGGAGAUAGAGGACAUGACGCUGGCCCUGCAGAGGGAGAGGCAGAACUGCACGGCCCUGGAGAAGAGGCAGAAGAAGUUUGACCAGUGUCUGGCAGAGGAGAAGGCGGUGAGCACUCGGCUGGCAGAGGAGAGGGACAGAGCAGAAGCAGACAGCCGAGAGAAGGAGACAAGAUAUCUUGCACUGUCCCGAGCCCUGCAGGAGGCCCAGUACCAGAGGGAAGAGCUAGAGAGGGCAAACAAGCAGCUCCGUGUGGAAAUGGAACAGCUUGUAAACCAGCAGGAUGAUGUCGGCAAGAAUGUUCAUGAGCUGGAGCGGACCCGGAGGAACUUAGAAACAGAAGCCCAGAACCUGCGAGUUCAGACACAGGAGCUGGAGGAGGAGCUGGCGGAGGCGGAGAACUCGAGGCUGAGACUGGAGGUCACCCUGCAGGCGCUCAAGGCUCAGUUUGAGAGGGAGAUCAGCACCAGCGAGGAGAAGGGAGAGGAGAAGAGGAGGGCACUCAGCAAACAGGUGAGGGAGUUGGAGAUCCAGCUGGAGGAGGAGAGGAGUCAGCGGUCUCAGGCUGUGUCCUCCAAGAAGCAGCUGGAGGCAGAGCUGCAUGAGGCCGAGGUCCAGGUGGAGACAGUCAGCCGUGGCAAGGAGGAGGCUGUGAAGCAGCUACGGAGGCUGCAGGGUCAAAUGAAGGAAGUUCUUCGCGAGCUGGAUGAGACCAAGUUGACUCGGGAUGAGGUGAUGGCCCAGUCGAAAGAUAGCGAGAAGAAAAUCCAAACCCUGGAAGCAGAAGUCCUGCAACUCACUGAGGAGCUUUCUGUGUCAGAGAGACAGAGGAGACAGGCUCAGCAGGAAAGAGACGAGAUGGCUGACGAGAUGGUCAACAGCAGUUCUGGAAAAACUGCGUUAUGUGAAGAGAAGCGGAGGUUAGAGGCUCGGGUCAGUCAGCUGGAAGAGGAGCUCGAGGAGGAACAGACCAACUCUGAACUACUGGCAGAGAGACAAAGGAAGACAGCUCUACAGGUGGAAACUCUGACCGUGCAGCUGCAGGGAGAGAGGACUUUGGCCCAGAAGGCGGAAGCGGCUCGGGAGCAGCUAGAGAGACAGAACAAGGAGCUGAAGACCCGGCUGGGCGAGCUGGAGGGAGCCAUGAGGGGCAAACACAGGCUCAGCGUCGCCGCCCUGGAGGCAAAGAUAGAGUCAAUGGAGGAGCAGCUGGAACAAGAGAGACAGGAACGAGCAAUUGCCAACAAACUGGUGCGAAAGACAGAGAAGAAAUUGAAGGAGGUGAUGAUGCAAGCAGAGGACGAGAGGAGACAUGCAGACCAGUACAGAGAACAGCUGGAUAAGUCGAUGGUCCGACUGAAGCAGCUGAAGAGGCAGCUGGAGGAGGUGGAGGAGGAGAAUUCUCGCUCCAACGCCCAGAAGAGGAAGCUGCAGAGAGAGCUGGAGGAGCUCACCGACAGCAGUCAAACCAUGACACGAGAGAUCACCUCCCUCCGCAGCCAACUCAGCGUCCCCGAAUGGAGACCAGAUAAGCGUGCUCCGUUGCCCCUGGCAAUGCGUGGACGCAGAGCAUUGGUUGAUGACCUCUCGUUGGAGAACUCCGACUCGGAAGAGCCCCCAGCCUCUCCGACUCCCUCCUCUGGACUCCCGGGAACCCCCACUCCCUCCUCUGAACACAGUCUCGACCCUCCACCGCCCUACAGCGUCAACAACACAGAGUGACGCACAUAUAGACUCAGUUACACACAUAACGUGUACACAAACACACACACUCACAGCCUGGACUACUCAGGGGUGAAGGUGUGACAUGCACACACUAGAUAACAACGCUGUAGUGUAUAGAAGUAAACAAACAAAGUCAUAUAGGAUGCAUACAUCAGGCACCAGAAUUAUAAAACAACCUCUGAUAUAUUGAUGCUCUUUAAGAUUUUGCCCUUUUUUUUCUGAGCAAAUACAGACAACAUGUAAAAAUGAGAUUUUACAAAGAGGCAACUGGAAUUAAUUUUUAUUUUGUAACAAACUGUGACAUAAAAAGCAACAUAACAAAGACUGGAAAUUUCUACAUUACAGUGCAUUACAUCUCUUUAAUGCACCUCCGAGAAACUAAACUACAUCUCCUGGAGUUCUAAGGGUAAAGUAAGUUAUUACCAAUGAAUUUCAGGAUGCUGUACAGUACUUAGUGAGCAGAAAACAUUACGAUGGUCCUGUCUUUUACAUUAGGAGGUAUUUCAAAACUAAGCCAUGUUUAACCCUUUGAUGAGGAUUGAAUAAAUAUACAAUCUGAUUUUACAAAGGGCUGCUGUAGGGUGAAAAUUACUUCUGAAAGGUGUUAAGACAAUCGAUACUAAUGUUACAUAAAAUAGCCAACGGGAGAAAUCAAAUACAGACAUGGAAAAGAGAAUUUCACGUUCUUUACGAGUGUGUUUUAUGUGCAAAUGUGAUUUGCGACAUCUUCAUAUGUCAGUGAACUUUUUAAAAAACACAAAUGAUAGUUGGAAUAAUCUGGAAAACAGAGAAAAAAAAACAGUGAAGGACAGACAAUAUUUAUUCAAACUUGUAUCAAAAUGUUCGAUUAGAAACUGGGAAACAGUACACUAACAUAUUGAUCUCAUUUUCAUAUCACACUGGUCACAGUUUUAGUACAUUUGACCAUAAAAAGCUGUCUACAUGCAGUCACACUCUCUGCAUUAAGGUUGUAUUAAAUGAUAAAUCCUUUUUCUAUAGAUUAGACAACAGUAUGUUGUAGACAAAGCAGUAGGUAGUAUUAGGUAGUUUCUUUAACUAAAGUCUUCACAUACUGCUUCAGAAAUUUGAAUUUGUUUGUAUAAUUUAUAUGAAAUAUGAACUUAAGUUAUUGAUCGGUGGUUGCUUUCUGUACGACUCCGUAUUGUAGGGGGGAAGCAUGUUAGUCUGAUUAUUUCUGCUUUGGCUGGCACUGAUGUCAGGCUGGACUGGGUUACAUUCACGGACAGAUUCGUAUAGACUUGUUUCAGUCAGCAUUACAGGAUCAGGUCUUUUUGCAUGGAAGACCUUUCUGGUUCAAGUCAUCGGUGGUGUAGAAAAGAACAUAAAAAUUAUGGAUUUACUACCAUAAACUACCACUGUCUUAAUUUAUGUUUUUAUCCAAAGCAAAACAAAUUGGGACAAUGGAUCUUUUUUUUUCUUGUCUCAGACUGAUAAACACAUCACACUUUAUUUUGACAAGCAUCUUGUACAUUGUAAUUUUGAUUUUCACUGAUUAACUGUGUAAAUUAUUGAUCAAACAAAGCUUUUGUGUUUAACCAAAUGGUGGGCGUAUGGAUGAGAUAAAGGGACGUACAUUUGUAGUAAACGUAGAGUAGCUGUAGAAUAGAGUAGAUAACAAGAGUAGAAGCUGGUUAGGUGUUCUACUAUCAUCCAGUGACUACUGGAUGUUUUCUUCAGUAGAAUAAACUCAGUCUCUGCUCACAGUUCCUGUGUAGAAGAUUGUAGAAUAACUGAGCACGACACUCAAAGCAUUUUCAGAUACUAGUAGUAUUAGAUUAAAAAUGACAAUGGAGGCACUGAGGAAUUCAUUUUUAUGAAGAAAACAGCAAGUAGAAAAACAAGUAGAUUUUUUUUUUCCCUAGCUAACGAAACUCAAAAUGACAUACAUGUGUGUGGUGUAAACCCAAACACAUGCAGCUUGAUGAUGACCCUUCUGUGAAACAGAUAUUUUUGUGAAACCUGGUUUUAAGGAUGCUUUCCUUUUAGGUGAAUAAUCUCCCCAU